CCCAGAGGAGCCAUGGCUGGGAGAGAAUACUUGCUGCUCAGACUGCAGCCCAGUGACCUGACCUGUGUUAUCUGCCAUGAUUACUAUAAGCACCCCACCACCCUGCCAUGUGGGCACACCUUCUGCAAAGUCUGCCUUGAGAAAUUCUGGAAUAAUAAAAACAGCUUCAAAUGCUCAGUGUGCCAGGCUAUCUUCCGUGAAAAGCCAGACUUUAAGAAGAACACGUGUUUGGCCUCCAUCCUGGAUUCCCUGGAAGCCCAGAACAGCACCAGCCACCAGGACUGUACCUCCUGCACUGGACCUGGGGCAGUCAACCUAUGUCUGCCCUGUAUGACUCCCCUGUGCAGAGACCAUGUGUUACUGCACAGCGAAGACACGCCUCAACAGCGACAUCUGCUGGUGAACCUGCUAACUGACGAUUCGACCUGGCUAUGCAGGAACCACGAGCAAGGGCUGAAGUAUUUCUGUUUGACUCAUGGCUCCCCCCUGUGUCCAAACUGCAUAGACCAACAUGAAGCUUGCAAAUCCGCUCUCCUUAUUCAACUGUACAUAGAAAACAAGGCGAGUAGUAUGAAAACUCCUCGAGGCUUUGUAUAAAACAUCUGCCCUGGGUUAGCAUGACUAUUCCAUCGUCUUUCACAGCGACUAGUCCUUUUUAAGACUUUGCCUUAGAAGCAUAAUUCUAAACUCCACGAAAACUCUUGGUCUUCUUAACUCAUUCCAAGUCUUGAUCCUAGUAACUCAAUCCAACCCAUGUUCUUCUAAGGGCACUCAACCCUCACUCUUCCCAACUUCAUCCAACUCUUACUCGUCCCAAGUCCAUCCAAUUCUCAGUUCUCCUCACUCUGUCCUGAGUUAGCAUGACUAUUCCAUCGUCUUUCACAGCGACUAGUCCUUUUUUAAGACUUUGUCCUAGAACCAUAAUUCUAAACUCCAUGCAAACUCUUGGUCUUCCUAACUCAUUCCAAGUCUUGAUCCUAGUAACUAAAUCAAACCCAUGUUCUUCUAAGGGCACUCAACCCUCACUCUUCCCAACUUCAUUCAACUCUUACUCGUCCCAAGUCCAUUCAAUUCUCAGUUCUCCUCACUCUGUCCUGGGUUAGCAUGACUAUUCCAUUGUCUUUCACAGCGACUAGUCCUUUUUUAAGACUUUGCCCUAGAACCAUAAUUCUAAACUCCAUGCAAACUCUUAUUCGUCCCAACUCUAUCCAAUUCUCAGUUCUCCUCACUCAAUCGAACCAUUCCUCCUUCUAACUCCUUUCAAUAUUUACAUCUCUUAACUCCAUCCAACAUUUCCUCCUCCAGUCUCCGACCAACCACUUCUCCUACUAACUCAAUCCCAAUAUUAAUUUGUUUUAACUCAACCCCAAUCCUCGCUCAUAACUCUGUCCAGCCUUUACCUGAAAGACCAUCAAUAAGACAAAAUACUGGAAAAUAUAUUAUCUGUAUACACACACUCUUAGAUUCUCUGCCCAAUAAGCGGUUUAUUGAAUAAUCUUUACAUUUGCUUUAAGGAUAAGAUUCAGAAGAUGAUUGGUGAAUUGAGUAAGGAUAUCACAUGUAGAGAAAAGGACGUGACCAUUUUGAAGAAUACUUAUCAAGAGAUCCAGGCAAGUGUGAUACAGGCUUUCAAAUGAUGGGAUUUGUGACAAGGAUCACAUAGCAUAGCUCUCCCCCGCUGUUUUAAAACCAAUCUUUUCAUGCCAGGAGAAAGUCUAGCAAAGCAUCAUGGGAGGUCUAAAAAUCUGGCCAUUUCUUUACUAUAAUGUAUGGGAUGCAUGACAGUGGUGAUGGUAACAAAAUGUUAUGGUAUUGCAGGAUAUGGAACAAAGGAAAACAUGAUAAAUUCUAUAAUUCUACAAAUACCUACAUACACAGGGGAAAUGCAUUAUGGGUAGAAAUGGUGAUCGUAAUCCAUCUUUGCAUAUUUAUGGUGUUAAUCUUCAUUUUACUCUUGUUAUUUGUAUUUUCAGAUAUUAGUUUGUGACAUCAAAGACAACCUCACCAGGGACUUCAGAGAGAUGCGAGAUUAUAUAGAAAAACAGGAGAGAGCAUCAUUUUGGAGAAUAAAACAGGAACAGGAAGCAGCACAGAGGAAAAUGCUUGAAGGGAUUACCCCAACAAACGCAAAGAUUGACAGGCUGAAGGAGAUAAAAGCACAGCUUGAAAACACAAUAAACAAUGACUGGAUACAGGUGCUCAUGGGAGGUCUGAAUGGCUUAUGGGUAGGUAGCAGCUAAGUAUGAAUACCUCAUAUUAAGUUAUGUUCCCUUAAAAUCUUUGAUGUUCAAAAACAAAUCAAUGGAAAGCAGAUAUUCUUCUAAUGUUCAAUGUUGUUAUAGUGGGACAUCAAGGCACCCAGAAUUUGGACAGUUCCAUGAGCUCCAUAAUAGAUUUUAUUUAGGUUGUAUAUUCUCCUCAUCAGUUGGAUGUUCUACUUGGCAUGUAUAAGCUUGGGGUCAUUCUGGUGUUUUACAGAGAUUGGGCUUUCUGUGUAGACCACCAUGCUGAGAUCUUGCUCUGUGUCAGGAGACAGGUACAUUUUGUGUUGGUGGUAGUGUGAGAUCUUGACUUACCUCGAGAUGAGCUUUCUUAUUCUCAGGGCCCAUAAUGAUAACAUAGCUUCUGCCUAUGCAUUUCUUUGCUUCAGUAAUAUUUGGCGUGAUAUAUUGUCUCGAUUAUUUUCUACAAUGUAGUCAUGCAAUUUAUUUUCUACUGGCUAUCAUGUCUUGGGGUAUGUUGAUGUGUGUUCAAAGCGUGACAGAUUUUUUUAAAUUUUUGAGGUUUUUUUUUUAAAUUUUUGAGGGCUACGGGUCAUUGUAAUCAUGGCAUGGUCUAAAUACAUGGUCCGUGUAUGGAAGUAAUUACUAGUGGGGUAAAAAUAACAUACGUACUUUCAAGUAGAAUUGGUGGGAGUGUGACAAAUAGGAGUAGUCUCGCGUAGACGGGUGGUGUAUACUCUAGCAGUCCAUGAGCUGAGUGUAAGUGGGAACAGAAUCUGUGUCUAACAUAGUUAUUUACUAAGGUGAGUAUUCAAGGUGAUUUCAAAUUUAGGGUCAAAAUAGCCGGAUUGCAAAAGUUCAGCUACUUUGGCCUGAAGUUUGAAAUUCUUAUUGAAUUCACUUUUAAUUUUCACAUUUUGUGUUUUGCCUACCUGAGCAAAGAUCCAGAAGUGUUACCUAUGCAGUGGUCUAAAGGGAGUUCUCAAUCUACUUCUACUAUCAGUAUCCCCCCAUGAAAACUUCAGCGAAGGGAUCGUAGUUUUAAUAAUUAACUUUUCUAUUUUUACCAGGACGCAGCAAAAGACACCACCAUCUACAACCCAUCUCCUGUUAUUACCUCUGGUAGUAUGUUUAAUGAAAACAAGAUCGUAGAUACUACAUCUGCAAUAUCACAAAUUAAAGAGAGCCUUAUGGCGCACCCUCUGCUAGAGCAGAUUCCAUGUCCUCCUAAACAAGGUCAGUACAUUACAAAAACAAAAUGUAUGAUGUAAAGAAAUUAAGCAGAAGGAUUUGUCUACACUUGCCAUUAACGAAAACUAGAUAGGAGCCUAAAAUGAAGCAAUGCGCUGUACUUCCCAUUUUAGAAAACACCCAGAAUCCCUGGCUGCAGGGGCAGCUCUGUAUACUGUGUGAUUAUGGGGUACGGUAGGUUAUUACCCAGAAUCCCUGGCUGCAGGGGCAGUUCUGUAUACUGUGUGAUUAUGGGGUAAGGCGGGUUAUUACCCAGAAUCCCUGGCUGCAGGGGGAGCUCUGUAUACCGUGUGAUUAUGGGGUAAGGUAGGUUAUUACCCAGAAUCCCUGGCUGCAGGGGGCGCUCUGUAUACUGUGUGAUUAUGGGGUAAGGUAGGUUAUUACCCAGAAUCCCUGGCUGCAGGGGAGCUCUGUAUACUGUGUGAUUAUGGGGUAAGGCGGGUUAUUACCCAGAAUCCCUGGCUGCAGGGGAAGCUCUGUAUACUGUGUGAUUAUGGGGUAAGGCGGGUUAUUACCCAGAAUCCCUGGCUGCAGGGGGAGCUCUGUAUACUGUGUGAUUAUGGGGUAAGGCGGGUUAUUACCCAGAAUCCCUGGCUGCAGGGGAGCUCUGUAUACUGUGUGAUUAUGGGGUAAGGCGGGUUAUUACCCAGAAUCCCUGGCUGCAGGGGGAGCUCUGUAUACUGUGUGAUUAUGGGGUAAGGCGGGUUAUUACCCAAAAUCCCUGGCUGCAGGGGAGCUCUGUAUACUGUGUGAUUAUGGGGUAAGGCGGGUUAUUACCCAGAAUCCCUGGCUGCAGGGGGAGCUCUGUAUGCUGUGUGAUUAUGGGGUAAGGCGGGUUAUUACCCAGAAUCCCUGGCUGCAGGGGGAGCUCUGUAUACUGUGUGAUUAUGGGGUAAGGCGGGUUAUUACCCAGAAUCCCUGGCUGCAGGGGGAGCUCUGUAUACUGUGUGAUUAUGGGGUAAAGCAGGUUAUUACCCAGAAUCCCUGGCUGCAGGGGAAGCUCUGUAUACUGUGUGAUUAUGGGGUAAGGUAGGUUAUUACCCAGAAUCCCUGGCUGCAGGGGAGCUCUGUAUACUGUGUGAUUAUGGGGUAAGGCCAGUUAUUACCCAGAAUCCCUGGCUGCAGGGGGAGCUCUGUAUACUGUGUGAUUAUGGGGUAAGGUAGGUUAUUACCCAGAAUCCCUGGCUGCAGUGGGAGCUCUGUAUACUGUGUGAUUAUGGGGUAAGGCGGGUUAUUACCCAGAAUCCCUGGCUGCAGGGGGAGCUCUGUAUACUGUGUGAUUAUGGGGUAAGGCGGGUUAUUACCCAGAAUCCCUGGCUGCAGGGGAAGCGAGUUUAACGUAUGAAUAUAAUGAUAAAUAUGUCUCCUUUAUUAUUCUGUAAAUAGUUUUAGCAAAUCUUUUUACAUCAUAUCUCACUCGUGAACCAUGGUUUGAUAUUGUUAAUUUGACCUGCUCUUUUCUUGCAGUGUUUGAAGAUACAGUUGACAUAGAGAGUGUGCCAUCUACCUCUGCCUCUACUGCUGCUGUGUCCCAAACAGUUAGAUCUACAGAAAGAAACCAGAAUCCAUUUUUGAAGUGUAAGUAACGUAGGUAAUCUGCAGCAGAGAAAUAUAUUACAGAAAAACACAUUUUUCAUACGGACCCACAGCACUAUCACCCAGCCUUCAAUGGUAAAUUAGCUCGGUCAUUACUCUUCCAUUGCAUUGUUUAAUUUAUGCCUACACCAGGCUGUCAGCAGUAAAGUCAGAAGGGGUUUCCCUUUCACUGCUGAAAUCAUAAAUAAAUUUAUUGUGGGCAGAGGUCUGGGGAUUGUACUUUUUCCAUGGUUGUUUGAUGCAAUGCAUAUUUCUUCAUCAACAGACGCUGGCAUUGCAUGACGUUAAAGGAAUACAUCUAUUUUAUUUCCAUUUCACACGUUGUUCUAGAUCAGGCUUCCCCAAAGUCCGGCCCUCCAGAUGUUGCUGAACUACAACUCCCAUGAUUCUCUGCCUAUCUAUUUCAUUCAUAGAAUCAUGGGAGUUGUAGUUCAGCAACAUCUGGAGGGCCGGACUUUGGGGAAGUCUGUUCUAGAUAUUAGACUUGUGCAAAAAGUUCCGGGCAGCCCAUACGGACAAUAUGCCUUUUAAUCCAUUGAGGGGUGAAGGAAUCGAUCCGUCGUUGAUUGCGAAAUCUUACAGGGAUAUUUACUAAAAAUGGGAAUUCAAAGUGAAUUUCAAAUUCGGGCCAGAGUAGUCGAACUGAAAGAUUAGCUGGCUAAGAGAAUUUUUCCUGUCUGACUAUUUUGAAUUUGAAAUAAUUUGGAAUUCUCUCUGAAUUUACUUAGAAUUUUCACUUUAGUGAAUAAUGCUGUUAUGCUCCGUAGGUAAAUCUUGGAGGCAUCGAGUAGUCUGUAUAUGGUUUAAAAGGCAUUUUAUUUGACAAGGCGGCCGUAACAAAUUUGUGUACAGGCUUGGUGGAUAUGUGCGUUCUGCGUCACUGUCUCUUUAACAUAAUAUGUUUCUUGUUUUCUAGGGGCAUGCAACAUAUCGUUUGAUCCACAAACGCUGAACAAGCGCUUAUUUCUGUCACCCGAUUUUAAGACAGUCACAGUGUCAAAUAAAACAUUUCUGUACCCCAAUAACCCCAGGAGAUUCUCCCCUUGUCAGGUUCUGUGCUCUGAAGGUUUCUCCACUAAGUGCUGGUAUUGGGAGAUCAAUACUGAAUCUAGCAAUGGCUGGGCCAUUGGACUAGCAUGUGGAGAGAUUUGCAAUAAUGACCAACUUGGCCAGAAUGACCUCUCCUGCUGUGUGGAAUGGAGAAAGGAACGGCUAUCAGCAUGGCACAGGAAGGAAGAUAUCACCAUCCAUUUUAUGAAACCAGGCAUUGUCGGCACUUUCCUUAAUUGUGAGGAGAAGACGGUUUCAUUUUACUCAAUUACUGAUGGUUCCCAAGACUUGCUACAUUCAUUCAAAAUACACUUCAAAACUGUGGUCUUUCCUGCAGUCUGGCUGUAUGGUCUCAAAGAAGGGAACUCUUUAACUAUAAAUAACAUAGCUAGGAUUUAAAUUGUCAGCGUCUUAGCUCUGAGUUUGCCACACACAGAUACAGCUACCAGGGUUUGUUCACUAGACAUGGAAUUGUGAAAAUUGAUCAGAGAUUUGCACAUUUUAAGGCCAAUACAGCUGAGAUAGAAAUAUUCUCCAAUUCAGAUGUUUCUGUUUGGCUACAUUUGGACCAGAUUGUGAAAGCGGCAUAAAAUAAUGAAAUAGCGUUGGUUCUUAAAGACUUACUCCAAACACCAUGACCACUUUAGUGAAAUGAAGUGGUUAUUGUUCCUGGAGUCUAAAUGUGCAACAUUACACUGUGAAAUGCUGCACAAGGCGACUUUAAAUCAUUUGCUGUCAGAAAUAUAACUCCACCUUCAGCAGCUUCAUGGGCGUCAUCAACCAGUCCGGAAGAGUUCUUGCCUGGCUUAUAUCAAUUCUGUGUCAGUGAAUGAGCGGCAGGAACACCAUCUGGCUUCUGCACUUUGGCAGUAGUCAGAUGUAUACCAACUUCCAGAGGAGACCUGGCCCCAUGCAGAACCCAAUGGCAUGUAUUGGUUAUAAUGAUUUAGGUAACUCUUUAAAGGGACACGCCAGACCCAUAAAGCACUUCAACUUGCUUGUGUGUCCUCUUUUUUCAUUUUUCAAAAAAUGCAGAUUUCAAUAGAAAUUGACACUUUUAUAAAUUAACCUGGUUACAUGCUCUGGCUGUCAGUCACACAACCGGUCCUGUAUUUCCUGGUUUGGUUUGCUCAGUGGAGCUAAACUCAAGAGGCAGCAAUUGCCCAGAGCACCUGCCUUGCAAAGACGUCUCAUUGAGCUGCAUUGGGAAGUCUGUGAUUGGACAGACACAGAAAGUCUGGGCUUGGGAAAAGGAGAGGGCUUUCAAAGGCUGCAGACAAGAGAUCUGCAGCUUUUGCAAGCUGUUUGUAAAUAUACACCCCCAAAAAACCCACAUACUUACCUUUACAUUGGGGAUAUAUCUAAACUGUUUGUUUUAUUUGGGCAGUAGAUUGUCUCUUAAAAUGGAGCAAGGUGUUUUGGGGUAUUGUUUUGUUUUUUUGCAACCACAAUUGUUUCUUCUAAACUGAUUUCUUUCAGUUUGUACUAUACUUUUAUGUGGAACAAUAUAAAAUGCUUUUAGAAAAACCCAAAUAGAGACACAGAGUUCCAGAAUAGAUGGGAUGGUUUCUACAUUUAAUUUUAGUUAGACCGCACAAAAACAUAUCCUCAGUAGUUUGAAUUGAUCUAUCCUUUAUAAAACCAUAUUGUAUUCCACUGUUGAUACCUUUAAAUGUUUAUUCCUAAACAUAGUCUCUCUGAUACUCUGAAUUUACUUUUUUGAAAAAAAAUAAAUACAUACAUACAAAAAAAUGGUUACUUACCAGGUUUUUUAAUAUUCUAUUU